UAUUUCAUUCAAGAUUUCAUUCAUUCGAGCUUCUUUUUCGGAUUUUCUCUAUCGUUUAUGGUUAUCUCUAUACGGGUGGUCGUAGUUGGAGAUUUCUUUACUAAAAAUAUUAAAUGAAGGUGCUAUAGGCGUUGAUUUUAUGAAAUAACUGUAGGUUAUAAAUAAUAAAAUAAUGAUCUUACUCGAGAUCAAUAAUAGAAUUAUAGAAGAAACACUAACUGUUAAAUAUAAAAAUGCAUUGGCUAGCUUAAAGCCUGAGUCCAUUGAUGUGACGGUUGCAGAUUUUGAUGGAGUUCUCUUUCAUAUAUCAAAUGUCAAUGGAGAUAAAACCAAAGUUAGGGUUAGUAUAUCACUAAAGUUUUACAAGCAGUUAGAAGAACAUGGAGCUGAUGAACUUCUCAAAAGAGUAUAUGGACCUUUACUCACAGAAACAGAGUCUGGUUACAAUGUGUCAGUCCUCUUGGAUCUGGAGAAUAUUCCCGACGACUGGGAGGAAAUAGUGAAGAAAGUGGGUCUCCUGAAGAGAAACUGCUUUGCGUCGGUUUUCGAAUGCUACUUCAGGCUGCAGGAGGACGGUGACGUGAGCCGCAAACGGGCCGUCAUCAACUACAGACAAGAUGAGACGCUAUACGUGGAAGCGCAAGAAGACCGCGUGACGGUGGUGUUCUCCACGGUGUUCCGGCACGAGGACGACGUGGUGAUUGGCAAGGUGUUCAUGCAGGAGCUCAAGGAGGGCCGGAGAGCCUCCCACACCGCGCCACAGGUUCUAUUUUCACACAGGGAACCGCCUUUAGAACUCAUGGAUACUGACGCGAAAGUAGGAGAAAAUAUCAGUUAUGUAACAUUUGUGCUAUUCCCGCGGCACACGUGCGCGGCGGCGCGCGACAACACCAUCGACCUGCUGCACAUGUUCCGCGACUACCUGCACUACCACAUCAAGUGCUCCAAGGUGUACGUGCACUCGCGCAUGCGCGCCAAGGCGGGCGAUCUGCUCAAAGUGCUCAACCGCGCGCGCCCGCAGAACAACGCGCGCCCGGCCGAGCGGAAGACUAUCACGGGAAGAACGUUUGUCAGGCGAGAUUGAGUGUUGCGAGGCGGCGGGAACACGGCCGGCCCCGCGACGGCGCGCCUCACGCCCAACAGACACGCUAACACUAAGUCAUACCACCUAUUUAUUAUUCGAACAAGAUUCAUAGUCGAGCGAACUAACAUAUUAUUACAGUGGACACCCACAAUGUGCGUAUUUCAUUUGUCCGAGUAACCAUAUGCUAUUUAUUUAAACCAAACAUUCACAGUUUCUCCGAAUGUCACAAAGUACCAAUAGUGAAUGAUCUCGCUCCAUUCGACUUUCAAUGGGUUGCCAAAUAUUUACGCGUGCUCAAUCUACUGCCGAUGACGUACAGUUGGGUGAAGAAAUGUGCACAUUGUAUUAAUAUUUAUUGUAAACUCUUCAGCAUAGCGUAAAGUCUAAAUAAUGUUGCCGUAGAAUUUGUUGAUGACAAAAAUAUGCUUUAUUAUAAUGAGAGUUCUAUUUAUAGAGGGGCACUGCGCCCGGCUGGCGGCCGGUAGGGCCCGACAACCUGACAACUAGGGACAUCGUCUAGCUCGCGCAGUGCCCACGAGACCGAACUUUCCUCUUAGCUUACGUAAUUUUGUUGAUGUAAGUAAAUGCUAUUACCAAUCCUCACGUAGGGUAAUGUAUUAUAAAAUCUAGCCUAUACAUAUUGUUUCGGUUUACAAACUUGUAAAAAUGUAUAUCUCUGAAAUACUUGUGACAGGUAACAAGCACAAAAUGUACGAAUUAUUCCUUACUAAUUUUUAAAACAGUUCUAUUUAGUUUUAAAUGUUAUCGCAAUAUAUGAACAAUAAUUAAUUUUAAUAAAGGUUGCACUUUUCGUUUUAGGUAGGUCCGAUUCGUUUAUAAAGUGUAAGUGAAAGUGUAUAAUAUUUCUCAAUAGAUUCUUCCACUGGAAUUCAUAAAAAUGGCCUUAUUUACUAUCGUCGCUGAGUGGACGUCGAGCUCGGUUCGUAGAGUCGCUAGUUUAGUGAUCGAUACUCUUGUAUCUUGUUUUGUGCAAUUCGACUACACUAUUCGAAUGCCAAUUCGCAUUUAAUUUGAUUGAAGAGAAUAGGCUCUGUUUAGCAAAAUAUUUUCUUGGUUGUAAGUUGUUUUUUUUUCUUGUAGUUAGUGCCAAGGCAUCCUUUAUAAAUUCAGACACAAUCAUUUUGUAAAUUCAUAUUUGCACUUAAAUGUAUUGCUCAAAGAUUCAACACCAAGGAGCCGCCAAAAUAAUAGACUUAUCAGAUGAUAACAUACAAUUAAAUCCGGUUUGAACUUGGGCCAUUCCAAAUAAGUUUGUUUUAGGUGAGUUUCUAACAUGAAUCGAGAGAUGGACUGAAGCAUUGGACUGUCUGAACAUUCGUCUGGGAUUCAGUGGGUAUUAUAUAAAUUUUAAAGUAAUACUAAUACUAAGUCAUAAAUAAAUUAAUAAAAUUGAGACAUAGUUGUAAAGCGUGACAGCCGUCGUCGGAACCACGUGGACGGAUGUGGAGGAUCGGGAUGUACCAGAAGCAUGUAGAAACAAUUUAACGUGGUUAAAUAAAAUUUUGUAGCUAACUUGAAUAUUAUGAAAUUUUAUUUGCGAGAUGUAUUAUUUAUGUAUUAUAAAAUGUAAGUUAAAUGUUGCUUUAAAGUAUUGCUUACAAUGGGAUCAUUGUUUUUACUGUCAGUUUUAACACAAGAUUAUGUAACAGCAGCCAGAAUACGAUGGUUACUUGUGAAUAUGUAAUUAAUCUUAUAAUUUUUAAAAUCCGUUUAUACUGUAUUUUUAUUUUCUAGAUUAAAGAAAACAUUCUACUGCAAUAAUAGCUUUUAUUCCAUCUACAAGAUUGUUUUACAAGAACAGCGAAAUUUUGGGUAUAAACACAAGAAAACAUAGUGCUAUGUAAUAAGUAUAUAAAAAUAUAUGAUUUUAAUUUACUGUUUGACGUUACUGUGCAAGACGAGCGGGAAAUCAAUCGAUAAGUAAGUACUUACUGCGAUAUUUAUAAUUCGCGGCCUCUUGACAUUGCUUAUCUACAUCACCAUCACAAGAUUAGGUUGUCGGUACGUAAACUUAUUCGCGCGAACAAAAGAAUAAUGAAGUUUAAUUAUGAACCUAUAGUU